CUCUUGAAGCGAAAAGGUGGAAAACACGGUUGUGUUGUUUCAUAUUCUACGUCUCUUACUUUAAUGGUGACGACGAAACACUUCAAUCUGCAAAAAAUAAAAUAAAUAUUUUAAGUACCAUUUUUAUUUUAAUAUUUUCACAUUUUAAUCGAUUGAUUUAUUUAAAUCUCGAAGCGGAGUGCCACAAUCUUCUCAUUCUCUCAACUAUUUCCAGUUGUUCGCAUGAAGAUUUGACUAGUGACUUCUGCUGAAAAAUUGGAAGCUAUAAAACAAAAAUGGCUUCCACAAUAAAGGCUGACAAGAAGGCAACCUUAGAUGCGGCCUCAUGGAUGUUCAAUGUCGUCACGUCUGUUGGAAUUAUCAUGGUCAAUAAAGCCUUGAUGGCGACAUAUGGUUUCAGUUUUGCGACAACAUUAACUGGUCUGCAUUUUGCCACAACUACCAUUUUGACUCUAUUUCUUAGAUGGUUGGGAUAUAUCCAGCCCUCUCAUCUGCCAGUACCUGAGCUUUUGAAAUUUGUUCUUUUUGCAAACUUCUCUAUUGUGGGAAUGAAUGUGAGUUUAAUGUGGAACUCAGUGGGUUUCUAUCAGAUUGCAAAGUUGAGUAUGAUCCCGGUGUCUUGUUUUCUGGAAGUUGUAUUGGACAAGGUGCGAUACUCAAGAGACACAAAGCUUAGCAUAGUGUUAGUUCUUCUUGGUGUUGCAGUGUGUACUGUUACAGAUGUGAGUGUCAAUGCCAAAGGUUUUAUAGCUGCUUUCAUUGCUGUUUGGAGCACAGCCUUGCAGCAGUAUUAUGUACAUUAUCUUCAAAGGAAUUAUUCUCUUGGAUCUUUCAACCUUUUGGGGCAUACAGCUCCUGUACAAGCAGGGUCUCUGCUGCUGGUUGGGCCCUUUGUGGACUACUGGUUGACAGAUAAGAGAGUUGAUGCCUAUAACUAUACUUUAACAUCAGUGUUCUUCAUAAUAUUGUCCUGUAGCAUUGCAGUCGGGACCAACCUCAGCCAAUUCAUCUGCAUAGGCAGGUUCACUGCUGUGUCAUUCCAAGUUCUCGGCCAUAUGAAGACCAUUCUUGUGCUUACAUUAGGAUUCAUUUUCUUCGGAAAAGAGGGUCUCAAUCUCCAUGUGAUUCUAGGCAUGAUCAUUGCAGUAUUGGGGAUGAUCUGGUAUGGCAAUGCCUCAUCCAAGCCUGGCGGGAAGGAGCGUCGCAGCCUCUCCAUGCCUAGCAACAAAUCUCAAAAAAUUGUAGAGUCCACUGAUUUGGACGAGAAGGUCUAGAGUCAAUGAACGAUCAGACAGUUAUAAAAACAGACAAAGCAAAAUUGAGCUUCUUACUCACCUAAUUCCAGAAAUUUCUUAUACCUGGAAGGUAAGAAUACUAAAUGAUUGCUACCUCUUUUAUCUUUAGAUUUAAUUUAUACGUCUUCAUUCUUGUGUUCUAGAAUUUAUUCAAGGGAAAAGAUGCUGUUGAGUGGGAGCAAUUUCCCUGUAAAAGUUUCAUUAUUUCACCAAUAAUAUUAAUGGUAAUUUAUUUCCUUACUCAAUAAAAUGCCUACUCCAUGUCAAUUUUCAUAUUCAA